AUUCAGUCACCAGGCGCCAACGGUUUACGAACGUUGUGUCCGAUAAUUCGCGCCGCGUUUGCGGAAAACUUGCACGAUGGCGCGAAAAUAAUUUGAAAUUGCAAAAUAACAAAAUUUAUUAACUGUGACAUUAAUAUGAAAAGUAUUCGUUAGUUUAAUUCAGUGGAACAGUGUACGAAGGAUAUAAAAAUGGUGAAAAAUUCUACGUGGGCUUUAUGGCACUGGUGUUGGUGUAUAUUGAUAGCUGCACUAAACACUUCCCGCGGGGAAAAGUUCAUUCUGGGAUACAUCACGGGCUCACAGCGAAGACCUGGAGACUUAAACUACCAAAAACCAGGAAUAGUAAUCUCAGGCGCAAUUUCAAUGGCAGUAGAAGAAGUGAACGAAAAGCUCCUCGGUCCCAUGGGGCAUUCAUUAGAAUUCGUCGUCGCUGAAACUUAUGGCCAAGAAGAAGUGUCUAUUCGUCAGGUCGCGUCACUAUGGGCUGCUAACGUGUCGGCCUUCAUUGGUCCUCAGGAGACGUGCGUCCACGAGGGCCGCAUGGCUGCCGCGUUCAACCUUCCCAUGAUUAGCUAUUACUGCCGCGACGUGGCCAGUUCCAACAAGCGCGUGUACGCAACGUUCGCGCGCACGCGUCCGUCGGACAUCGACAUCUCUCGCUCCGUGGUCGCAGUGCUCACACAUUUCGAUUUCAUGCAUAUAGCCGUCGUAUACCUCAAGGCACCGAAUCAUGACUUUUCAAGACUGGCUUUCGCUAUAAUAACCGCUGCUAAUGAGAAGAAAAUAGUAAUCCGCACAGUACAAGUUUACCGGCAACCUUAUUAUUACGGCGAUAUUCCGGAAAACUUUACACGGAACCCUUUCAUGGAUAUUGUCAGAGAAACGUACAAAGAUACUAGAAUUUACGUGUCCGUGGGAUACUACCAUGAUCAUAUUGGUCUGAUGCAGGCUUUAGAUGCAAUGAAGCUUCUUGAUUCAGGUGAAUACGCUGCAAUAGGAGUUGACGUCGAGAAAUACGAACCGGAUGAAGCUAUUCGAUACCUCACGGGACCGUUACGCAAAGAGCCAGGUCCAAGGGUUCCUAAAGCUUUUCGCUCUUAUCUGGCUGUAGCACCUUCCCCUGCGCCAUCUUACCCAGCGUUUGCCAGAGAAGUUAACAGAAGACUGCAGAUGCCACCUUUCAGUUUUACGAACCCCUUACUUGCUUUGGGCGGAGGCAAAGUGAUCCCAGUGGAGGCAGCAUGGCUUCACGACGCAGUGUGGGUGUACGCGCGUGCGUUGGCCGAUGUUCUUCACACAGGCGAGAAUCCUCGGGACGGACGCGCCAUUGCAAUACGUAUGCGCAACACUACAUAUCGCAGUGUCAUGGGGUACUGGAUACAUAUGGACGAAAAUGGCGACGCCGAAGGGAAUUACACGCUUUUAGCCGUCGACGCAACGCGCCCCGCGGGUCUCUAUCCUCUCGCAGUUCUGCACAAGACCGCGCCGGAGAUACGGUUCAUUCGAGAGAUGAAGUGGCCGGGCGGCCGGGUGCCUCUGUCAGAGCCUCCGUGCGGGUUUCGGGGAGAGAAAUGUGUCAGUCACGUAGGAGCGUGGGCUCUAGGCGCAUCUGGAGGCACCUUAGCUCUGUUAGCUCUGGCCGCACUAGCGCUGUACCGCGGCUGGCGAUACGAGCAAGAGCUGGACUCGCUGCUGUGGAAGAUCGACUUCCGAGACCUGCACCUGCCGGAUGAGGACCAGCGCACCAACAAAAUGAAUAGCAGCGCCGGUGUGAACACGAACUCUAACAAUGCAAUUGGGAAUAACGAGAAAAGUGGCGGCAGCACGGGCGGCGCGCGCUCCAGCCAAGUGUCUCUAAGUUCCAACCCGGACCUCGACUUCCGAUACUCGGCGAUCUUCACUGAAGUUGCCUUCUACCGAGGAAGACUACUCGCAGUUAAGAGGGUGCGGAGAAAUCACAUCGACAUCAGUCGAGAAAUUAAGAAGGAAUUAAAAAUCAUGCGGGACUUGCAGCAUGACAACGUGAAUGGUUUCGUGGGCGCGUGCAUCGAACCGCCAAACGUGUGUGCUCUUUCUGAGUACUGUACUAGAGGUAGUCUUAAGGAUAUUUUAGAAAAUGAAGACAUCAAACUAGAUAAUAUGUUCAUCGCCUCUCUUGUUGGUGAUAUUAUAAGGGGGAUGAUCUUCAUCCACGAGUCGCCACUACAGUAUCAUGGAUCUCUUCGGCCAUCAAACUGUCUGGUGGACGCGCGGUGGGUGGUAAAGCUUGCGGACUUCGGACUGAGGGAGUUUAGAAGAGGAGAGGUUCCCCCGUCUGAUCCUAACGCACUGAGAUCUCAUAUAGAUAGUCUUGCGUACCUGUCGCCGGAGUUGCUCCGCUUCGCGGGGUGGGGAAAGGACUGCUUCCCUACAUCUCUGGAUGUUCGCAGCGGCUCCGCGCCGGCGGACGUGUACGCAUUCGCGCUGCUCCUCUACGAGCUGCACACGCGCCGCGGCCCCUUCGGGGCGGACGCUCUCCCGCCGCCGGCGCUGCUGCGGCGUCUAGCACACCCCCACCCUGCGCCUUACAGGCCACCAUUAGAAGACUUGACGGGUCGGUUUGACUGCGUGCGCGAAUGCUGCGCCGAGUGUUGGGCCGAGGAGCCGGCGCAGAGACCAGACUUCAAAGCUAUACGGACGCGCCUGCGACCGCUCCGGAAGGGCAUGAAACCAAAUAUUUUUGAUAAUAUGAUAGCGAUGAUGGAAAAAUAUGCAAACAACUUGGAAGCUUUAGUUGAUGAGCGAACUGAUCAAUUACAAGAAGAAAAGAAAAAAACAGAGGCGUUGCUGGAGGAAAUGCUGCCCGCGCCGGUCGCCGAGCAGCUAAAGCGCGGGCGGCGCGUGCUGCCCGAGAGCUACGACUCCGUCACCAUAUACUUUAGCGACAUCGUGGGCUUCACCGCCAUGUCUGCUGAGAGCACGCCUCUGCAGGUGGUGGACUUUCUCAAUGAUCUCUAUACGUGCUUCGAUUCAAUAUUAGAAAAUUUUGACGUCUACAAAGUCGAAACGAUUGGUGACGCUUAUAUGGUGGUAUCAGGUCUGCCCAUCCGCAACGGUAUCCUGCACGCGGGCGAGGUGGCGUCCAUGGCGCUGGCGCUGCUGGCCGCCACGCGCGCCUUCCGCGUGCGCCACCGCCCCGAGCACCGCAUGCUGCUGCGCGUCGGCAUACACUCGGGUCCAGUAUGCGCGGGUGUCGUGGGACUAAAAAUGCCCAGGUAUUGCUUGUUCGGCGACACCGUCAACACUGCAAGUCGCUUCGAAUCAACGGGUGUUCCUUUGAAGAUCCACUGCAGUGCCGCGUGCAAGGCAUUUCUCGACCAACUGGGCGGGUACAUUUUAGAAGAGCGUGGAAUCGUGUCCAUGAAGGGCAAGCGCGACCAGGUCACGUGGUGGCUGCGCGGGGAGGAGCCGAGCGCGGCGGCGGCACGAGCUCGCAGACGGGCACACGCCAAGGGUCUGCCGCCUGCUGACACGAGGGACCAGCGGCAUCAGGACCGACGCGGACAACGCAGCUCUAUGAAGAGCAGGAAUUGGAAGAACCAAGUGGGAGGGUUGCACAGAUGUUGCAGUUUAGAAUCUCCAAAGAAACUCCGAUUCGCUUCGGGGAAUCAUUUAGAAUCAUAUACGGAUAAUGUUCUACAUCAUCGUAGUGAUGAAUAUUUAAUGGAAGUGGUGGGCGAAGCGCAGCGGCCCGAGCUGCUGGAGGCGCCGCUGCGCGAGCACGCCAGCGUGUCGUGCCCCAUCAUCGAGCAGCGCUGCGACAUCCGCCUCGUCGUCAACUGCCACGACCCCGCCGGCAUACCGCUGCUAGCCGACGCGUAGAGUAUUCACCAUUCAUAUUGAGAUGUAAGAAGAACCUUCUUGUAAUAGUAGGGGAGCCCGGGACGCUAAAUUUGCAGUUACUAACGCGUCAUGGGGACCGAUUACAUUCGGUAGAUUAAAUACCGCUGCUAGCGGACGCGUUGAGCAGUGCUGCGACAUCCGCCUCGUCGUCAACCGCCACGACCCCGCCGGCAUACCGCUGCUAGCCGACGCUUAGAGUAUUCACCAUUCGUAUUGAGAUGUAAGAAGAACCUACUUGCAAGGGACAAAUUGAAAAAAUGCCCAGAAGGCUCAAGUCGCACACGAGUCACACGCGACAGCCACAAACGCCGCUACAAGAAGCAACAAGGGGCCACAAAAAUAGCUGAAGCGCGCGAUAGCCACUUGUGACGCGUGGUCGGCACUUGUGGUCGGUAGCUGCUAUUUUAAUCCAUACAUGCAGUAUCAUAAUCGCGCAUCAUAAUUGCAGCGUUUAGUGACCGGUGCGGGCCACAAGAAGCGAGCAGAAACGAUUGUAACGUGCGGCGGGCACUAUGUAUAUGAAAACUACAGGUAUUAUACCGGUAGCGGCGUUUUGUGGUUGUGGCUGGUGGCCCGUAUGCGAGAGCCCUAAAAUUUGCACCACGACAUGUCUCCAGGCGAUAGAAAGACAAAUGUCGACCAAUAGCGGCGUCUGAACUGUCGCCGUCGUUGCUUUGAAAGAGAUGGGACUGGAACAACUCCGCCGUGAUUGGUCCACAUAAGUCUUUUUCUCUUCACGAGAUAUGGCUCUGACGCAUGCCACUGUUAGGCCUGCUAGAGAUAAGCAGCAAAAACCCCACCAAAAUAGCGUUAGCAAGUGAAAAAGGAGUUGUUUUCGUAGGUGACGUGCGCAAAGUUUAAACAUUUGAUGAAACUCCAUUAAUAUGAAAUUUAAGAGUCAAUAAUAAAACUGUGCGAUAAGGAGCAGAUUUUUGAAGCUUUGUUUAAAAUUCAUUAAAUCAACCUUUAAGCUACGCUUUAGAAACGGACAUUUUUUCAUGUACAUAGAUGGUUCUCCUUACUUCUAGCCUCUCUACCUAGACAUUACUCCGCGGAAGUAUCUUGGCGCGGCCUUAUUACUUAUUUUAUUGGUACCAGUUACCCACAUGUUCCUGUCACUUACAUGCGACCAACGAAAUAAUCUCGUGUUGAGAAAUAGACAUGAUUCAACCAAUGGCCUCUUUCAUUACGUUGGUACGAUAGAGAUGGAACUGAGAUAACUCCUACGCUAUUGGACGAAAUUUUUUCUAUAUUCCUCUUCACUGGUCGCAUGUUAGAAUUUUACACAGAGUAACUAUCGAUUGUUUAUCGACAUUAUUGUGACCUCGAAAAUAGCAAUAGUUUCGAAAAUAUCUAUUCUUUAUGGAUGUAAACGGUAUUGGAGGCUCAAAAGGGCUACUUAAGAGCCAAUUUAUAAAAAAAAUCAGUACUAUUGGUUAUAGAAAACAUCAGAAAAAUAAAAACAUUGCAGAAGCAAGUUCAACUAGUUUCUUCCACGAGGUUUCUUCCAUAACACGCAGGUGGCUUAAAAUACUUGUGGCGCAUCUAAAGGUCUUUUAACUUUCUGGACAAUAAUAAUUUAUUCUCCGACAGAGGUUCUUAAGGAGUCCUUAGGGUAGACAGUGCAUUUGCAUCUAUGAAGUGCACACCACUACUCGCUGGUUACUUUAAAGUUCACAUUCCAUCUCUCUCCUAGCUAUAGAUGAGUAGAGGUAAGGUAAGGUAAACCUGGGCCUGAAGCCAUAAGACACGUCGAUUCUCUUUCCACAAACCCUAACGCUUCUUUAUUAAGAUAAAAGUAAAGUGGAGUGGAAUUUAAUAUUUCAAAUUUCGCAGAAUUGAACAUUUAAUAUUUCUGAAAUUCUAAAAACUACAAUGUAGACAUAUAACUUAAACUAUCGUAUUUUUGUAGUUCAAAAUAAUUUCCUUGUUUAAUUCACUUUCCUAUUGGCUCUAUUUAAAAAUACUGUGACGCCACCAAUUCGACAUUUUCGUUUACAUCGCGUAGAUUAGGCUGUCCUUACCUCUAGCCUCCGUAUUCCGUUAGACUUUAUUACGAUCUACUUGAGAUAAUUAUUAUCAUACCAAUACCAAUGUGUAGUUGUCUAAAGAAAUCCGAUUUUAAAAUUAAGGCCGACGCAGAAUUUACGUCCAAGUCCACUAGUCAAAUACCCGUCCGGAUUAUAAAUUGUUAAUAUUAUUUAUGUUAAUCUUUGUGUUACUAUAAUAAUAACAUCCAUUUAACCAUGUUGGCGCAGUGAUAGAUGUUAUGAUAUGAUUAGUUUAUAAGAAUGUAUAAGAUACUAGUAAUAUAAUACAUAGAUAUAUAAAAUUUCUGUAGACAUUAACUGACAGACAUCUAUAACGCGAAAGUGCGACCCGCGCGUUACAGAUGUCGUCAUACAACUAUUCGGUAGCGUUAAAGUGAUCUAUGUCAGUAUUAUUAAGAGACCAUGUUCAAUAGAAAUUAUUUAAUAACAUUAAACUCUUAUUUCACAA